AUGCUUCAGAAUCAGAGUUUUGUCACGUUAUUCACGGUCAUUUGCGGAUUAGUUUUACUUAGUUUCACCUCUAUUGGCGUUAAUGCUUUAUACGAGAACGAUUACUGUCAGCUGGCAGGCGGUUCGGCGGGGAUUUGUACGAUCAACAGCGAGUGUCCUUGGUUCGUGUCGAACGUAAUUCUUAAGAAGCUGGUACCGUACAGUGUCCAGAUGAGGUGCGGCUUCGUGGGUGAUGUCGAGAUCAUUUGCUGUCCGAAGGUACAGCCGCCACAAAACCUACUGCAAAAUGCUAGAGCAGACAAUAGCGAAUACGGUCAGAAAGCUAUACAAGCAUGCCGCGACAUCCGCGGACCGACCAAGCAGGUCCACCACAUUAUCGAGGGGGAAGACGCGGAAGAAGGGGACGUGCCAUUCAUUGCUGCGUUAGGAUACGUACCAACUGGGGAAACUGUCGGACGGUAUGACUGGGGUUGCGGAUCGAGUCUGAUAUCUGUACAAUUUCUCCUAACGGCCGCUCACUGUAUCCGUCCCAGUCGGCGACCGGUGGUCGCGCGAAUGGGAACACUCAACCUGGACAUGUCAGAAUACCCGGACGCCAUACAGGAUUCUCCCUUGAAGAACUUUUUUCCACAUCCGAAAUACAGGGGAAACAAGAAGUAUCAUGAUAUCGCACUAAUCGAGGUGACCAAUCCAUUCGUUUAUAAUAACUUUAUCAACCCAGUAUGUUUACAUACAGCUACAGACGAUUUACCGGUAACGCAAACGUUGAUUGCAUCCGGGUGGGGUGAGACGGAAGAUGAAGUCCGAUCGGACAAACUGCUGAAGGUCAACCUGACGACGGAACCUUUGGAACAAUGUGACAAGGAGUAUCGAAGACAGUUUGGCACGAUGCUCGGUCUUUUUCCGGAAGGAAUAACCCAGAUGCAGUACUGCGCUAUUGGCGCACUGGUUAACAGUACCGGUGAACGUGGAGACACGUGCCGGGGUGACUCCGGGGGUCCCUUGCACUACGCAGACGAGGAACGCUUCUAUUUAGUGGGGAUAACCUCAUUUGCGAUGGGAUGUGGAGGGCAGGCCGCCGUCUAUACCCGUGUGGCUGCGUAUCUCGAUUGGAUUGAAUCAAUCGUUUGGCCCGACAGCGCCCCGAUAAAUGAGUAA